AUGCUAGCAUCCAACCCUAAGGUGGCAAGUCAAUUGGUGAAAUCCAAUGGGAUGGCGUUCAAUCCAGCGAGCAAUAUUCUUGCCGUCACCGUCGGUAAUGAGGUUGAUACUAUGCACUCGGCCAUAAAUGCAAUGGGAUUUAAGGAUAUUGAGAUCGUAGCUGCUGAGACUGGGUGGCCUCACGGAGGAGACCCCAAUGAAGUCGGUCCAAGCUUGGACAAUGCAAAAACCUAUGUUGGAAACUUGAUAAACCACCUCAAAUCAAAAGUUGGCACCCCACUUAUGCCUGGAAAAUCAAUUGACACCUACUUUUUUUCACUUUAUGAUGAGAAUAAAAAACCGGGGCCAAGCUCAGAGAAAUAUUUUGGACUUUUCAAGCCUGAUGGUUCCACAAGUUAUGACGUCGGUCUCCUAAAGAACACACAGGGAAAUAUUAACUAUGCAUGUGGCCAGCAGAUUGAUUGCAGGCCAAUUCAGCCAGGAGGUGUCUGUUUUGAACUAAACACUGUACAAACACACGAUGCUUAUGCGAUGAAUCUUUACUAUCAAUCUGCUGGAAGGAAUCCAUGGAACUCUGUGCGAACUGUGCGACUACUUAUUCGUUGGAGGGGAAUGCUAGAAGUUUGUUUGACAAACGGUGUGAUGGAAACAGCCGCCUUGGCAAACUCUCGAAAUUAG